ACAAUGUUGCACUACUGGAUGCAGUACGAUGGUGUACAAGGGUGUAAAGAGUCGUCAACAAACAUUACGACUUAGUGAGAUAAUUGGCUCACCAGCAUUGCACGUGUUUUCUUUCACCGUUUGGGAGGAACCAAAAAAGUAUCUCCAAACUCGAAAUUAGGAGAACGAAGAGACAAAAUGACGGGAACAAGCGCAAAGCAAGUGGUCAUAAAAUGCAUCGUGUGCCUUACGUAAUUAGUGCAAAGGAAACAUGUGUGUUCACUCACCGUCCAGAGCACUUGUUCGCUUUAUUAGCUUCAUUUAGUGACGUUUGGUGCCGUAAGAACGGCGGUUGAGUUAAAAAGGGUCAAUAACAUUUUUGCUUCCUUGAUGGCGGUUCUCGCAAAUAGUUAGUGAAAAAAGUAACCCGUUCGGUACACCAGUGUGCAGUUCAAAAGUCGUCUAACAACCAAAGAGAGACAACAGCAAUCAACCCACCCAAAUCAUGUCGGGCGAAACACAUGCUGCAACAGAGGAAAACAAGCUUCGGUACCGACGCACGCAAAGUGUUACCCGUGCGGAAGAGAUCACCAAAAAGGAGUCGGAGCAGCGAAAAUCACAACCGGACAAACCAUGCCAUCGACCACGGGAUUCGCUGUUCUCCUGGAGCUCUGGUUUCGACAACUUCACCGGUCUAGUCAAUUGGGGUUUUCUGUUGCUCACGAUGGGAGGCGUUCGGUUGGUGCUAGAGAACUUUAUAAAAUACGGUAUUCGCGUUGAUCCGGUGCAAUGGUUUACAGUCCUUACUGGGAAGGGUGAAGGUGAAGGUUAUCCGUCGCUGCUGCUUUUAAGCUACUCGCUGGUGCCAGUUAUGAUCUGCCUGAUGAUGGAACGAUCUCUCGCGAGCGACAUCAUUCCCGAAAGUGCCGGAAUGACGGUACACAUCAUCAACAUCAUAGUGCUGGUGCUGAUCCCGAUGGUUGUGAUACACGUGAAAGGACACAUAUUUAGCUUAGUGGGAGCUAUGACGGUAUGUUUCAUCUAUUGCAUACUGUUCCUCAAGCUUUGGAGUUACGUGCAGGUGAAUUUGUGGUGUCGCUCGGAAAAGAAACAGCACAGACACAGUCGUUCCGGUCGGCGGCAAAGCAUAACGAUAGCUCAGUUGCAGAAUGGACGAGAUCAGGAAGCCGAACGAACGGCAAACGGCAACUCGACCAGUAACUAUACAGAUAAGGACAAAGUGCCGGCUCUAGUACACUAUCCGGACAAUCUGCAUCCGCUCGAUCUGCUCUAUUUCCUGCUCGCGCCCACCCUCUGCUACGAGCUCAACUUUCCCAAGACGAACCGGAUCCGGAAGCGGUUCCUGAUUAAGCGCAUGCUCGAGGUUGUGAUUGGUGUACACAUAGUGAUGGGAUUGUUCCAACAGUGGAUGAUCCCGUCGGUUCGGAACUCACUCGUACCGUUUUCCAACAUGGACCUCACAAAGAUGACCGAACGAUUGCUAAAACUUGCCAUUCCAAACCAUCUGAUGUGGUUGUGCUUCUUCUACCUAACAUUCCAUUCCUUCCUGAACCUGAUGGGCGAGCUAUUACACUUUGCCGACCGUAACUUCUACAGUGACUGGUGGAACGCGAACAAUAUUGACACGUUCUGGCGGACCUGGAACAUGCCGGUGCACAAAUGGUGCGUUCGCCAUUUAUACAUACCGGUGGUGGAGCUGGGUUACUCCAAGGUGGCUGCUUCGGUGAUCGUCUUCUUUUUCAGUGCCUUCUUCCACGAGUACCUCGUAAGCGUGCCGCUCAAAACGUUCAAGGUAUGGGCCUUUACCGGUAUGAUGGCGCAGAUUCCGCUCUCGUUCGUUGCUAAGUACAUGGAGACGAACUACGGUCCUCGGUGGGGAAAUAUGCUCGUGUGGGCUUCGAUAAUCUUGGGUCAGCCGCUCGCGAUCAUGAUGUACUAUCACGACUUUGUCAUCACCAACUACAACGACGUGCUGGUGUAGUACCAAAACGAUAUCCGCUCACUGUUGUCCUGCUAAAAAACGAAGGAACGCAUUCCAAAACAUCACCACCAUCAUCUUCAAGACUUUUUCUAUUUUCCAAUUACUUCUGCAUGGGCGUGCACCUUUUUGUAUCAAUUUGUACAUCGUUUUGGUAAAGCAAGUUUUUUGUUUUUGAACAUUCAUGUGUUUCUUUUGUCGGAUUUUUAUAAUAAAAAAUGAGUAUUUUGUUCUUUCCGUCUUUUUGCGAAUCGAGAACCGAAUAAUA